CAGUGUCAGAACUUCUUCAUUGACAGCUGUGCUGCCCAUGGGCCCCCAGCCUUUGUAAAGGACUGUGCAGUGAAAAGGGGGCAUGCCAACCGCUCAGCGCUCACCCUGCCCCCUGGGUUAAGCAUCAGGCUGUCGGGCAUCCCUGACGCUGGGCUUGGGGUGUGGAACGAGGCAUCCGAUCUGCCACGGGGCCUGCACUUUGGCCCCUAUGAAGGCCAGAUCACAGACGACGAAGAGGCCGCCAACAGUGGAUAUGCCUGGCUGAUCACCAAAGGGAGAAACUGCUACCAGUAUGUGGAUGGAAAGGACACAUUUUGGGCCAACUGGAUGAGGUAUGUGAACUGUGCCCGGGAUGAUGAGGAGCAGAACCUGGUGGCCUUGCAGUAUCAUGGGCAGAUCUUCUACCGAACCUGCCAAGUGGUCAGGCUGGGCUGUGAGCUGCUGGUCUGGUAUGGGGAUGAGUAUGGCCAGGGCCUCGGCAUCAAGCGGAACAGCAGGGGGAAGAGUGAGCUCGCGACCGGGAGAGAACCAAAGCCAAAGAUCCACCCAUGUGCCUCAUGCUCUCUGGCCUUCUCCAGUCAGAAAUUCCUCAGCCAACACAUCCAACGCAGUCACCCCUCUCAGACCCUCCUGAGACCAUCUGAAAGAGACCUCCUCCAACCAGAGGAUCCCUGCCCAGGCAAUCAAAAUCAGCAGCAGCGAUAUUCAGAUCCACACAGCCCGAGCGACAAACCUGAGGGUCAUGAGGCCAAGGACAGGCCCCAACCUUUGCUGAAAAGCAUAAGGCUGAAGAGGGUUUCAAGGGCCUCUUCCUACUCACCCAAAGGACAAAUGGGGGGUUCUGGGGUGCAUGAGAGAAUGACAGAAGAACCCAGCACAAGCCAGAAACUGAAUCCAGAGGACACAGGCAAGUUAUUCAUGGGGGCAGGGGUCUCAGGGAUUAUGAGAGUCACGUACGGAGAGUGUGGGCAAGGCUCCAAGGACAGGUCAAGUCUCAUCACACAGCAGAGGACACACACAGGGGAGAAG